AUGCAGUGCCUGUGAAAUAAGACUACGAUCGCACGUGUUGUGAAUGAUACUUGUGUGUAGCAAUAAGUGAGCUCUUUUGAUUUCUUCGAACUCGAGCCCUCAACUUGCGCAAGGAAAUUUGUAUUUGUUAGUUUAAAUUUGUGGAAAUCAACCAUGGCUCAAGCACAGCAAGCAAUCAGUCACUGGAGUAUAGGUCGAGGUCGUGGCAGAGGUUCUCGGCAACAGCCUUACACUCCAUCCAGACGUCCAGGAGAACAAUGUACCCCAUCGACAGACCAAUCCACUGCGGAAGUUGCACGUGUUGAAACGGACCUAUCAAAAUGUAGCUUGAACUCAAGUCGACCAGAAAAUGAGAACAAAGUACCGUCCAGCUCUUCUGCAGGAACAAGUAGCCCCGCGAGGUCGUCGUCUGCAGCCACAGGUGCUACUUCUGCAGGAACGAGUAGCCCCGCGAGGUCGGCUUCAGCCACAAGUGCCCCUUCUGCAGCAGGUCUGAAGGCCGGUGUCGCCUUGCUGAAGGCCAAGUUCAGCUAUAAGGCCAACCCUGAUAGUCCUUUGGGAGAUAAAGAACUCACCAUGAAGCAGGGGCAGAAUCUAGUCUAUCUAGAGACAUCCAAAGACAAUGAAAUUUGGUGGAAGGUCCAGACUAAGGAUGGAAGUGAGCAGGGCUUCGUGCCUUCUUCCUAUAUGGAGGUGGUCGCAGAGAAAGUCACUCAGCUACCCUGGCUUGCUGCCAAACAGUCUGCAGAAGAGGCAGAGUUACCAAAAUGCAAGCCCGUGUGGAAGGCGUACGUGUCGGCCUACAACAGGGAGGGAAACGUAACCCCGGGCAACAGCAGCCCCGCCUCUACCGAUUUAACACAGUACUACUGCAAGUGGUGUGCCAAGCAGCUCAACGGCCCCCAUCCCUACAGCGCCCAUAUUCACAGCAAAGCCCACAAGGAAGAGGUACAACUUGCCAAAGAGAACGGGGAGUACACCGAGGAUUAGCUGCGGACGUGGUUAGGGUCGAGGGUCGAAGGAUAAUUCUUGGUGCUCUGCUCCUGCAAGUGGUGCACCAACUCCAGGCAGCUCAAUGGUCCCCAACCUUACAGCGCCCACAUGAACAGCAAAGCCUACAAGGAAGAAACUGAACUUGCCAAGAAAAUGGGGAAAUAAACUGUUGAUUAUCUGUGGCUUCAGAGGAUUCGGGCAUUGAGGGAUGAUACUUGAGUCAUUGCCAAAAAUAAUCUUUCAAGUGUGUGAUAUAAAUUUAAAAGAAAAAGUGUCCUUACCACUAGGACAACUAUUCAUGAGACUUCUAUGUGUACACCCAAGAAAAUUUGUAUUUCCCACUUUGAAAAUUUCCAUCUGGAUUAUUGCCCAUCAAGAGGAUUUUUCUUGUAGGAUGAUUAACAUUUCCCCGGAAAUGUAAUUGUCCAAAGGCUCAUGUUUGGGAUAUGAUUGCACUACAGGGUAAAUGUUCUAGGGGUGAUUCUCUGGAUGGCUGUUGCUUUUGAGGGCAAAGGACCAAAGGUCCUGAUAGUUUGGUGAUUGUUCUCAGGAAAACAAUUUUUUGUCCAGGGAAUAUGUCUGAUUGGAUUAUUUUGUUCUGAUUAUUUUUCAGGUGAUUGAUACUCUUUAAUUGAUGUGAUAGAAUAUCUUUUCCUGAAAAUUCUAGAAUUAGUUUGUUUGCUCCUUCCUUUGUUGUCUUUUAUACUGCUUUAUAUCAUAACUUGUUUAUGUUGGUCACCAAGCACUGUUUUGUAAGAUUUUACUCAGUUCAUUGGUGCUUUUUGUACGUAGAUGCUUAUCUACAUUGUAAAUAGAUGUAAAUUUCAAGUGUAUUUUAGUGUUUAAGUCUUCUUAGUUACUUUCAAAUAGACCAGCAUAAUAUACUGCUUCUACUUAGUGCCAUAACCCCUUUUGCCCUGUUUAGUCAGGAAAUUUGUGUGAUUCUGAACUCUUUCUAUCUGGAGAUUUUGUUUAUUUAUUCAAAGGUGUUACUUUUAUUUUCAGAAUAAAGAACACUUGUUUAGUUUGUCAUGAAAAUCCGUAAUUUGUCUCACAAAAGCUUCAGAGAAAUAUGCAAUGUAAAUGCCAUAUUGAAAUAGCUAAUGUUUUGAUUUAAAAUCCUUAAGAGUAAGGAAUAUUUUGGAAUGUCAGAUACAACCAACCCAGAACAGCUCAGAUUGUGCUAACUGUCAUGGAUUUCUACAUAUGUUUUGUAUCUUAAAAUAUUGUUUAAAUAGUUAUUUAGAAAAUACGAUCGACUUCUUGCCUGGUCUUGCCAGUAUUUCUUUUCUCAAUGUUUUUCUCAAGGACACAACAAUUUUCUUUUUGUUGUUGUUGGUAUACCCUUUUUUGCAAUGCAUCAUUAUGUUACAUUCGAAGGUUAAGAUUUUGAAGUUUUAGCACAAUUUCCAAAGUGUUAGUUCAAAUUCCAGGAAACUUGUACCAAGGGUUAUCAAAUAUGACAAAUCAAAUUACACAAAGUCAAGGUCAAAGGCCAUUUUAGGUCAGUAGACUUGGAUUAUGUUUUCACAACUUAAUAUGAGAAUUAAUAAAUCAAUUUUUGUUAUUUGUUCAAAAAGUUAUCAAUCUUAGUACAAAUUGAAGUAAAUACAUCUUCUGAUGAUUCUUAGUCAAUAUUCACUUCAAAAUGCUGAUUAUACUCAGAAGAUUUCAUUUUGGGGGGCCUGCUAAUGGGCCACCCUGCCUAUAAAAAAUGUCCCAACCUCAAUUUUUCAUCAUAUCGGAUUGCGUAUUCAUGUACAGUAUGUAGUGUAUUUCAUUAGUUGUCUUUGUUUGAUACCUGUACCGAUAUUUUACGUCGUUGACAUUUUCUUGAUAAAAUUCGUUGAAAAUCCAAUUACCUUGCUCAAUUUUCUUUGUACUUGUAGCUUAUAAAAUUAUUUAUGUUCUAUUGUAGUCGCCCUAUUUUCUAUGCAAUCGCAGGUAUAGUUAACCCUUUUAAUUUAAUAUACCUUUCACAAAAUUCUAUAUCUUUAUAUUGGGCUUGAGAAAAGUGAAAUCCAACCUUUGAUCAUAGCAAGUUGCUCUAAAAAAAAGCAGGAAAAGCAGAAACGGAUUUGUGAAAGUUUAAACAAAUUGGAUACACGAAAAUUUCAGUAUACAUUUGAGGGUAAGAAAAAAAUGGAAAAAUGAAAUUAAAUGUUUUUAAUGUUAUAAUUUUAAAAUUAAUGGACUUGAAACAUUUGAGCAGAUUUUCCAGCUCUGUGAUUACUGAUUAUAGAUCUAUUGCACUUCCAUCGAUUGCAUUCCAUUUAAAUUACAGAAAUUGCAGUACCGGGUUGUCGGCUACGGUAGUCUUCUUUUAUAAUAUUUUGAAAAUGUUAUAAUAGGAAAGAAUGUCAAAUAUCAUUUAAUAAAAGUUGUUAUCUACAGUUCAAA